GUUUUCCAUGAUACUCUGAGGCUUCGGAUGGAGCUGCAGUACGUGUACUGUGUAAGCAGGUUUGGAGGUUUGGAGCCCUCUAGCGGCUGCGGGUUUGAAUUACAGUUAAAUGUCCAGGUGCAGAAAGAAAGUCCGUCACAUUAAAGAGAGAAACGCAGUGUGUGUGGAGCCAACACACACACACACACACACAGUCAGUGUGCAUGAGCGGACACACAGAGAGGAAUAUCUCCACACAGCUCUCCAGGUGUUGGAGGAGAUCUCGGUGGCUCCUGGAGGACUGAGAGGAGACUGAAGUCCCUCGUUUGGAUUUGAGUCUCUGUAAUUCGGGCUGAUUUGAGCACUGGAUAUGAAAACGUUAACCGGUUGGGAUCUCCUAAUUAAAGAGUGAAGAAAAGGAGAGCGUUUCCGCUUGAUUGAGACUGAAAUGGGAUUUUCCUGUGGACCAGGACUGAAUUUUUAGUCUAAAAUCCUUUCAAAAAUUUAUUAUUAUUAUUAUUAUUAAUAAUAUUAUUAUUUUAACCCCAACUCAAAAAGCGUCCUCGAACACUCACCCGGGGACAUUUUUGUGAGCACUUAAAUCGGUUUGGUUUCGCGGAAAUGGUGGGCCAUCUCCACUUGCAGGCGAUGGAGGAGAGUCUGAAGGGAAAGAGCCGCGAGGGACUCCUCGACAGUCCCGACUCGGGGCUUCCACCGAGCCCGAGCCCGCCCUACUGUCCUCUCUCACCGUCAACCACAGAGCCUCGCACCCCCAUCACCGCCGACCACCAUGGAGGAAUGGAAUGGAGGAAGGAGAACCGAGAAGGCAAACUGCUUCCGUACCUGCUGCUGAACUCUCAGGGUGCAGAUGUCAAGUCACGCAUGCACCCCGUGGUGUUCGGAGAAAGCAUCGAGGUGAACCCCAGACCCACCACAGAGAUGAGGUUCAGCUCGGAGGUGAAGUACGACUCGCACCGGCACUACCGCGACGAGGUUUACUGUGCACGGGUUCCCACGGUAACCUCCUACAGCGAGACGGUGGUGGCGCUGCAGAACCACACGUGGCGCAGCUACAAGUCGGAGGUUCACUUCCUGCCACGGCACCGGCCCGUUCACUACCAGAGCACGGCCAUCGUGUACCCCAAACACGCGCGCAACACCUACCGCACCACGCUGCACUACAACGCCAACGCCGCCGGACGCCGCAGGUUCGUGUCCACAGUGAGGCUGGAGUCGAGCGAGGACGGCAGUCCCCGCAUCAUCUACUCCGAGGAGCUGUGAGACACGCUCCUGUACAAACUCACCAUCACAAAGCUAGAACUCGUCCUGGGUGGAGAAACGGACGAGCCGUGUGACAGGACGACGUACAGACUUCCCCCCGAAAGGACAUGACGGAGAUGUUUAUUCGUCUGUGGCGAAGUCGGUACUAUAUAUUAAGCGAGAACAGUUUCAGUAAGGUAGCAGUUCGUCUUUAUUUUACAGCCGGGAGGUGGGUUAAACCUGUCGUUCUUUUGUCUGUUUACUCGUUCUUGCAGUUACACUCCUCCGCCGUAGAGAGUCAAUAAAUCAAUGCUGUAAAAAAAAUAAAUCCUCAAAACUGUACGGCAUGGUACAAAAUACAAGGGGGAGGGGGGGGGGGGGGUUCAUGCCAGGAAUAGUACAGCUUCCUGCGAGUUGUAGAAAUGCUCGAUUGCACUUUUGCUAAGAAAAAACGUUUUCUUUUUUUUUUUUCUUUCUUUCUUUCUUUCGGCUACGGUGAUUCUGGUCGAGCUGAGGGCAGCGUAGGAGCACUUGAAAGAUUGGACCAAUGUUUUUAUACAGAUCAGAGAACGAGACGUGGGAGUUCGUAGCACGGCGGUUCGUUUAAAGCGGUCCGAGAACACGGGCCUCGAAGCGAAGCACCCCUUCGCUCGGGACUCCGGACCCUGCGGUUAAUGAAUCAAUCCGGCUGAAGUCGAACGGUAGAGAGCGGACGUGUCGAGACAGGAGCUCAAGAGUCCAGAAAUAACUGAGCUUCAACAUCUGCACGCUCGGUCCAGGCAAGGUUUGUUUACAAAUCACUGACACUCCAGCCGGAUAGUCCGAGGGAAGGGAUUUACCUCAAAACUGAGAGACCAGUGGUGCUGUAUUUUCCUGACGAUAAGACACUUAAAAAUAAAUAAAUAAAAAUAAAUUAUCACGGCAAUAAACAGUACUGACUGCACCGUUAAAAACUUACUGUACUAAAUAUAUCAACAUUACCAUAUAUUAACUAUUAAUAAAUGUUAAAGAAAAUAAGAUACACUUUUCAGUUUAGAUUGGAUGUAACACUCCAAAUAACAAAUAGAGACGUCCAAAACAAAUCAAAUAAAAAAUUUUUAAAAAACAAUUUAAAUUACGCAACAAAAUUGGUCAGUGAGUUUGUAUUUCGCCUCUAGAGGCCGCUCUCGUACCGUAUAAUAAUAACAGAGGGACGCUUCUCGGCCGCUCUCGUGACGGACGCGACCGGGAAAAGCUCUCGAUGUGGAUUUUUGCAGGUAACUGAUAGUUCAAGCAGUUGCUUAUCGGUGCCAAUUAAUCGGCAAAACCGGUUGAGCUCUACAAACAAUAAUUAAGACAAAACAACGACAAAAAGUGUGUACAUGUGCGCAAGUACUCCUUGGUGGUCUUGUUGCUUGCGUAGUGCGUUUCAGACUCGGGGGUCAUUCAGAACAGGUGUAUUAAGGCCCAUCUGUGAGCAAUUCAAGUGUCACGUGACCCGUCAACACGAUAUCAUGUGACACUGAUUGCUCACAGGUGGACCUUAAUCAAGCGGGGAUGAGUUUCUGUAGGGGUUAAAUGCAUUUUAAUUCCAGGUUGUAACGCAGCAAAUCAGGAAAAGGGGGUGAAUACUUUCACAACGCAUCGUAUAGACGUUAUUACGGUCAACACCGUGAAAUCACCACAGUGUAGCCAGAUGUAAUUCUACCCAGACUUCAGGGCAGACCUUGUGUCUCAUAAUCAGGAAAACACACACACACACACACCACGCAGCGGUCCUUUGAUAUUCGCGGGUAAAUAUCGCAGGAGGAUGGUGAGGGAUUCGGAUACUACGGCGCUUCACGGCUAAAGGAACGAUCUCUGCCGCGCCGCGGCGUCUCGACUCCGUCUUACGAACAUCCGGAUUAUAAACGCCACGUCUCUGUAAAUCUUUCACAUUUAAAGUUACGAUUUCUUCCCCACGGGGAUUAUCGUUCUUAAUCCAGAGGAGUCCUUCGUGACUCGUCAUCUGGGAAACGUAUACUCCGCGUCCGAAAACGGCGCGCGUACGUCGGUGUACGUGAAGGACGAGGUCAUCGGUGCGGAUGAGAGUAAAGCGUGGGCGGGUUUCCGACGUGGGACCGAGGCACCACGUGACAGGUUUCGGACGGUAAAGUAAGGUGAGAGAAAGAAGUAAGGUGAGAAGUUCACGAGAUGCUGGGACGACGACGCAGAGGCACACGGGGCUUUGUUGAAACGCACCGGAAGCGAUGGACGAAGUAAAGUCGGUAUGAAAGGAAUUGGGAAAGGUUGACGGGCGGAGAUGUUCCUGUAAGAGUUUGGAUGUAAAAUGCUCUCUGAUCACGAAUAGUUUGUACUUUUCCUGUAAAAUACUUCCUGAUGUAUAUGUUGCAUAUGGCACUUAAUGAUUCUCUUUCUAUUUUUGUAUUCCCAAAAGUUCUUCUUGUUUUGUUCUGGGCAAAAGAUUAGAAAAUAAUUUAAGACACAGUGUAUACCUUAAAUGAACAAAUAAAAUCCCAAUCCUUUCA